GUUGAAGUCAAAGUGACUGACUAACAGACAGGAAGAAGGACUGCAAAGAUAUAAGAACAGAAGUGAAACAAUUACAAGAAUAUCGGCAUCAAUUUUUUCCCUGGAACAACAACAUGAAUAUCAUCACACAGUUCCAAGUGAUGGUGCCACCAAGUGAAACACAUCCUAUAAUAUUGUGUAUUCAAAAUAACAACCUCAAGAAGCUCAAGACCCUACUAAAAUGUAACAACAUUGAUACAUGUUACCCAUGCAAAGAAUGGAAUGAUUAUAUAACACCAUUAAUUGCUGCUGUUGUAAAUCACAAGGAGGAUAUUUGUACUUUCCUUCUGGAUCAGGGUGCAAACCCAAACAUAGUUUCCAAAAAUAGCUUCACACCUUUGCAUUAUGUCUCCAUGUCCAAAGCUCCAGUUAUAUUUGUGAGAAUCCUGCUUAAGGCUAAUGCUGCACCAAAGGGAUGUAUUCCCAUUCCACGUUUCACACCAGUACAAAUGGCUGCCAUCAGUGACAGAGGGGAUGUCAUGGCAGAGCUCAUCUCUGCUGGUGCACUAGUAACAACUGUACUUUUAAAUGAUCCUGAACGAAGUAUGUUUGGUAGAAAAAUCUGUCAGAUGAUUCACAAACUUGCAUCAGAAGGAAAUGAAUUAUGUUCAAAACUUGGAUGCUUCAUGGAAAUGGAAAUUGCCAUUCAAGAGAAACGACAUGAGGAAGUUUUCAAAACUUUUCACAAUCAGAUGCUGCUGGAACAUCCUCAGAUCCACCUAGCCAUGAUUGAAAUACUCUUCACUGUAACAGGGGAAGAUACAGAAAAGUACUGCCAGGAAAGUUUUAAAUGGCUGAAAGACACAGGAAACCUGAAUUCCUACAUUGAAAAUGCAGUCAUUCGCUUACCAAACAUACUUAACACACACAUAAAUUUGGCUAUUAAUAGUUUACAUGCAGUUUUCUGCACAAUGGAAGACAUACCAAAUGAGCAAGCACUGAAGAUAAUCACUCAGCUACUGAAAAAGCUCCACCUAAAAAACCGACCUGAUGUCUGGAAAGCUGUUUUACAAACGCUGUAUGUAAUAACACAGAAAACAAAAGGGUUAAAACACUGGGAUUCCAACUUUCUUGAAAAGUUAUGCAAAACACUUGUCCCUUUUGUGAAUAACUCCCACCCAUCUGACAUCAGAGUUUACACAUAUGGGGUACUUGCAAACUUGCUUCCAGUUGAGUGUGCAGUUGACAUCUUUAUAUCGGUGGGGAUAACCUCUGUGCCCGAGGACAUACUGACAUCUGCAGAUAUGAAAAUGAAUGACAAGCUGAAAGAAGCGCUGAGACGACUGAAAAAUUAUUUCGAACGAACAAAGUCAGAAUGUGAAGACAGUACAGUGGUCUCUGGAUCCAGCAAAAAGAAGAAGAAAAAGAAGAAGAAGAAAAAGAAGGAGAGGUCAGAGCAGCAGGACAUCCAAUAUGAUGUAGAUUCCAGACCUGCAAAUGAUUCAACAGCAGUUCCUGUUGUGGAAUCAACUUCCAGUGUUCAACCAUUUCAUGUCAACACCACUGAUUCAUUAGGAGGUCUCAAAUGGCUACAAAUCAGCAAGAGGUGGAAGGAGAAGUUAGAGAAGCUUCAGAGUCAUGAUAAAAGUAAUAUAACCAGAAUUGGAAGCAUUAAUUAUGUGAAUGAUGCAGAAUUUCUGAUAGCAAAAGGAAGUGAUGGAACUGAAGUCUUCUUGGGGCUGAGAGAUGAUGGAACAGAAGUUGCUCUUAAGAGAAUGACAAAAUCCAACUAUAAAGUGUUGAAGAACGAGGAAGGAUUUCUCCGACUUCCAGAACUCGAUCAUCCAUCUAUAGUACGAUAUGUUGAUGCUGCAGAGGAUCUGAACUUUGGAUACCUGGCUCUUCAGCUGUGUGAAUACACUCUGGAAGAAUACAUUAAAAAACAUGAUAAUCUGUCCAAACAGAACCUUGUGUUGCAGUUACUUGAUAGUUUGCAGGUGCUUCAUGGUCAGUCUCCUCCAAUUCUCCACCGUGAUCUGAAACCACAGAAUCUGUUGAUUGAUGUAAGUGGAAGAGCAAGAUUAGCAGAUUUUGGGAUAAGUAGACGGUUGCUCAAAGGACAAACAACUUGGCGCACAUGCAGUGCAGGAACAAAAUGCUGGAUGGCCAAGGAAACUAUAGCAGCAGAAGGAAAACCUGAUAUUCCAUUCAAGUCAAACACUGAUGUACAGGUGGCAGGGAUGCUGAUCUAUUACAUCCUCUCAGGAGGUCAUCAUCCAUUCGGUGACAAAUCCUUUGAAUGUGAGUCAAACAUUUACCACGGAAAGUACAAAUUGGACCAUGUUCCAGAUGUGGUUGCACAAGAUCUCAUCGAAUGGAUGAUCAAUGAAGAACCAAAGCAGAGACCUAAAGUGGAGGAGUGUUUGAGCCAUCCCUUCUUCUGGACCAGUCGAAAGAGAGUUGAAUACUUGAAAAAGAUUGGCAACAGGGACGAGGUGUCCAACUGCCGAAACGCUGACCAAGAACUGAUUAGUUCAGUGGAGGAAUGUGCUGAGGACGGAGCCUUCAAACAGUGGAAAAAUCAGUUUCCACCAGAGUUGGUCCAGAUGAUGGAUAAAAAGAACAAAGCCUACCCUGACAACAUACUGGGAUUACUGCGCUUCAUACGAAACCUCCAUGAGCACUAUGCCAAAUAUGCAGCUGAGGUUGAUGUGACAAAAGUCUUUCCUGGCCUCUUUGGGUGCAUUUACAAGUUUGCCAAAAAACAAAAGUGGAAUUCAGAGACCCCUCUGAAAGAAAUGUUUCGACAAGAAGGCUUCGCUGCAAGCUUUGUUCUGCCAACCACAAACACUGAGGAGCAUCUUGGUGUUCCAGUGCAAGAGUCUCAACCUGCUGACUUGAAGUAAAGUUGAGCUGCAAAGAGAUUUGGUUUUGAAAAGAGUUGACAAGUUUGUACAAGAAAUCAUUAGGACAAUGAAGGUUAAGCAAAUACAGUUUCGCACUGUAAUAACCCAUAAAGACCCAAACACCCAGUAACAAAAACCAUCGACUGAUCUAAAAUGUAUAGUGCCUCCAUCCAUCCAUCCAUCCAUCCAUCCAUUUUCUUCUGCUUAUCUGGGGCCAAGUUGUGGAGGCAACAGUCUUGUUUUACUUGUUCAGUAAAUUAUAUAUUUUUCUGAAAAAGUCACUUUUUCUUGAGUUGUCUCCGUUUUUGGUACAAUAAUCCUCAAGGUGAAUCUGACCUUUUAUGAACAUCUAUAUGAUCAGUGAAUUAAAUAUUGGAAAACACCUGAUUUUCAUUGGAAAAAUGUAAAAUAUAAAGGAUUAUUUCAUAAUAAAUGGUGGCAAAUCACUUGAAAAAUAUUAAAUAUAGCGAAAAAAAUCGUUCAGGAACUACCACACAAGUAGCACUGGGUCUAUAUGGGUUAAUUACCAUAUUAAAUACAGAAUAAAUCAGUGCAAUAAAUAAGUAAGGACAUUUCAAGACAAUCAUAUAAAUGCAGGGAGUCCUUUUCCACAUGCGGAGUUUAUGUUUUGAGAUUUUAUAUUUUUACAGGACUACUAUUUACAAGAUAAACCACUCUAUUAGCUUGUUGUAGAUAUACACCUUUGUCUUAUUGAGCUUUUGCCAAGGAAUUGUCCCCAUUGUAAAUAAAUAAAAAGUGCAUUCUCCAU